AUGUUAAGCCCAUUAGAGAAAUCUCCUAAAGAGGAUACUAAAAAGAAAGUUGAAAAGCUUAACAAGCCCAAAGACCCACCUUUGGUACAAGGACAUGCAAUCACAAAGUUUUUAAACAAGGUCACAGGUCAGCCUGCAUCUUAUGUGAAUAAGUUGGAUUAUAUUUUCGGGAAGACUCUAGGUGCGGGUGCCUUUGGUGUUGUUCGUCAGGCACGCAAUAGUAAUAAUGAUGAGGAUGUUGCGGUGAAGAUUCUAUUGAAGCGUGCUUUGAAAGGGGAUGAAUUGAAUAUGUUGUAUGAUGAGUUGAUGAUUUUGCAGAAGUUGGAUCACCCGCAUAUUGUAAAGUUCAAGGAUUGGUUUGAAUCAAAGGACAAGUUUUAUAUUGUUACGCAGCUUGCUACUGGUGGGGAGUUAUUUGAUAGAAUUCUAAAGAAGGGUAGAUUUACUGAAACAGAUGCAGUCAAAAUUGUGGUACAAAUGCUCGAGGCUAUUGAGUAUAUGCAUUCAAAAAAUGUUGUUCACAGGGACUUGAAGCCGGAAAAUGUGCUUUAUCUGAAUCCAUCUGAUGAUUCCGAACUGGUUAUAAGUGAUUUUGGUAUUGCUAAGCAACUUUCUUCCGAAGAUCAUCUCAUCCAUAGAGCUGCUGGUUCUAUGGGUUAUGUUGCUCCAGAAGUGCUUACUACAAGUGGCCAUGGAAAACCUUGCGAUAUAUGGUCAUUAGGUGUGAUUACUUACACUUUACUGUGUGGGUACUCGCCAUUUGUAGCAGAAAGCUCAGAGGGUUUCUUGGAAGAGGUAACUCGUUCCAAGUACCCGGUAACUUUUCACAAGCCAUAUUGGAAUAGCAUAUCUGUGGAGGCCAAGGAGUUCAUCUUGAAAGCGUUAACCCUAGAUCCUUCCGAAAGACCUACUGCUACCGAACUUCUGCAAGAUACUUGGAUUAUUUCCAAGCAGCAGAACACUGAAGACUUGUUGCCAACUAUCCGUGAAGGGUUUAACGCCUCCAGAAAGUUCCGCGAAGCAAUGCACAUUGUCAUCUUGAACAAUAGAAUCAAGAAACUAAGGCAACUAUAUGGUGUCGAUGAUGAAUUUGAUACGGAUCUCGAAGAAAACGACUCAUCCAGUUCUGAGCGUAAAAGCUUGGGUGUUGAAUCCCUACAAAGCACCCUGAGAUCACUGUCCCUGAAGUCCCCUACUGAUCAAUCGACAGAACAAAAACAACUUAAGUCCCAGCUAACUCAACAGGCAUUUGUUCAACUGGUACUUGCUGCGAAGGAAAACAAGGACAAAAUUCUAAAGUAUCAGGAUACCGAAAAUUCUAUGGGCUCCACGGGCUCUACAAACUCUGACAAAUAA